AUGUCUCUAAAGCCUUACUUCUCUCUACACUCAUCUCCAAAAAAUGCAAAUCUCUCCAACUUCUUGAUCGCUCAACAAUCCUCUGGUGACCGGAAAAAUUCCCCGGCCGAAGAAUUUUCUCCACUGGCUGAGAAAUUCAACCGGCGGCUUCUUCUGGGUAUAGGAUCAUCCUCUGUGCUUGCGAUCGGUGCUAAUUUCGGAGGAAUCACGAGUUUCGUACUCGGUUUAUCGCCGGAAUUCGGCCGGCAUCUGAAACUCGACGUCGUUUACCCGGUCGGAGGUUAUAGAAGAUGUAUCGAAACCGUUGAAGGAUUCGAAUUUAUAUAUCCGGAUACUUGGGUUGGAGACCAGACGCUCUUGUAUAGAGCGGCGGAGAAAUCAGAACGGGAGAUUUCGCUAGACCUUCCUCCGGCGAGAAAUAGUCGCCGGAAAAAUGUCAAUGAACCGGUUGUUGCAUUUGGACCGCCCGGUUCAACCGGCAAGCUCAAUGUCAGUGUUAUCGUCUCUCCUGUUUCACCUAGUUUCUCAAUUGAAGCAUUUGGAGGACCAAAGGAAGUAGGAGAAGCAAUAGUAAGAACAGUGACAGGAUCGGGUCAACGGAUGGAUUUAAAAGGAACUUUGCUAGAAGCGAAUCUCAGAGAAGAUUCAGAGAGAAACUUGAAGUACUAUGAGUUGGAGUUUAAGGUCGAAUCACCGCUUUUCCAGCGGCAUAACGUGGCUGUUUGUUGCGCUCACGGUGGUCGGCUUUACACGUUGAAUGUGCAGGCUCCGGAAGAAGCUUGGUCGGAGGUGAGAUCGGAGUUUCACACUAUUGCCAAAUCAUUCAAUAUCAUUUCUUGA